AUGUCACAGCCGAAAUGGCAUUGCUACCUAGGACGUGGCGCCUCCGGGAAAGGCAGCGCGUGCACGGCGCACGACGGCGCCCUGGGCGCUUGCACGCUGGUGAGCGACUGCCCGGCGGCGCAGCAGGCGAUCCGCAGGGGCCAGCGCCCGCGCAUCUGCGCCUUCGACGGCUUCACGCCCAUCGUGUGCUGCCCCGGCGCCGCCCCGCCCACGCCCGCGCCCACGCCCGCCCCCGCGCCUACCACUUCCACCUCCACCGCGCGCCCGCCCGCCCCUUCGCCCACACCCACGCCCGGCGGCGACGGCAGCGGCGCGAAGAGCAGGCAGAGUGAGUAUACUAGAUAUAUUUAUCGGCCGGCGGUGGCGCUGACGCCCUUCGAGCCCAAGGUGAACACGUCGCUGUGCCGUGUGCCCGAGCUGGUGGGCAGCCAGCCCUUCGUCAUCGGCGGCAAGAACGCCACGCUCUUCGAGUUCCCGCACAUGGCCGCCGUGGGCUUCGGCGAGAGCGACCGCAAGAGGUGGCUGUGCGGGGGCGCCCUUAUCAGCGAGAACUACGUGCUCACCGCUGCCCACUGCAUCGAAGACAUACCCAAGCCUGGACGCAGGGGCGUAGUAUCUUGUGCACAACCUGUUGAAGGAGGUUGGCCGUCUUUGUUAUACGAAGGGCAUUGUUGCAGAGGUCCAGCGCGCUGGGUGCGCCUGGGCGACCUGAACCUGUACUCGGACCAGGACCGCGCCAAGGUGCAGGAGUUCAGCGUGGUGGAGCGCAUCGCGCACCCGCGCUACGUGGACGGCGUCAAGUACUUCGACAUCGGCCUCCUCAAGCUGGACCGGCCCGCCACCUUCGACGAGGCCGUGCGGCCCGCGUGCCUGCAGACGGAGAGCGACGAGCUGCCCCAGCAGGCCACCGCCUCCGGGUGGGGCGUCAUCGCCGUUGACGGCCCCCUGGCGGAGACCCUGCAGAAGAUCAACCUGCCGCUGGUGAGCCUGGACGACUGCAAGCCCCACUUCGACCCCGCCAUCUUCCCUGCGUACCGGCCGUCUGUGCCGCAGGGCAUCAUAGACAACAUGGUGUGCGCCGGCGGGGACCCCUUCGGAGGGCACGACACCUGCCAGGGCGACUCAGGCGGGCCUCUGCAGGUGCUGAUGAACAGCAGGUACUGCAUGUACUCGGUGGUGGGCGUGACGUCAUUCGGCAAGAGCUGCGCCCGCGCCGAGACGCCCGCCGUCUACUCGCGCGUCGCCUCCUUCGUGCCGUGGAUCGAGAGCGUCGUCUGGCCCUGACGCCCCCAGCGCUCCCCACGCCGCACGCCCGCACUAGUCACCGCACCGCCACGAGCGCACCUGCCCGCGCGCUUUGUACAUACCUGACUUUUGUUUAUACUAAUAAAGUUAUUCUUAAUUUUUCAUUAAAACUAUAUUUAUUUAUUUAUUGGUUUGUUUAAUAUCUAUACAAUUUUCGCUCCAAAAUAAAAAUCUACAAAAAUACAUGAAGAAACUCGAACAAUAUAUUAACUGAGGUCACAAUAUGUUAAACAUAAGUAUUGACCCAUAUCUGUCCCCCUGUUAAUUAACAACUAAGUAUUAAGUAUUGUUAAAUCAAUGUAUCAGUUUUGAAUCGCUAAUGACCUCAAAUGUCGAUGCGACUAUAAAUAAAUGAAAAAAAUAACAAAAAUCGAAAAUACAUGAUCAAAAGUACACAAACAUACGAUCAUUCGUACGUUAAUAAGAUGAGAUAUCAAUUUGAUUCGUUUUAAAAAUUGAAGGCUGGAAUGGUCAAAGAUAAUCAGAGCGAACGUUUAUAAUAGCUGU